GCCACUACUUUAGUUUCAAAACUAAUAUUUCCUAUAUUCAUGGAAUAUUAUAGAACUUAAUUUUUUACGGUCAUGUUUGUUUUAGUUAAAGUUUAUAUUGAUACAAAUUGGUACAUCAAAUUACAUACCUUUUUUCUAUUACCAAAGGAGAAAGGUGGGUUGGGAGUUAAGAACUUAGGUUUGAUUAAUCAACAAUUGUUAUGUAAUUGGAAAUAGCUGUUUCUAUCUGAUGGGGAUGUUGUGUGGAGUGAUUUUUUAUGUUUUAGGUAUGGUCAUUUACCAACUCAGUUGUUGGGCAGAGACACUGUGAGGUCUAAUGUAAGGUCGUUUUUUUGGUGGGCAGAGACACUGUGAGGUCUAAUGCAAGGUCAUUUUUUUGGUGGAAGGAUGUCAUAGGUCUGGGCAGGGGAUGGAGACUGAUUGGUUUAAACAAAAUGUAAUGAUAGCUUAAAUGGUUUGGGAAUCAUACUUUUCUAGAUUUAUUCCCUAAUCUUUUUGCUAAAGAGGCUUCUCAAGAUGUAAUGAUAGCUCAGAGGAUAAAAGGGAAUGGAGUGUCUUUACAGUGGUAUUGGCAGUGGUCUGAGCAUUUAACCGCUAGCGAAGAACAACUUUUGGAAGACCUUAAGGAGUUCCUGAUGGGUUUAUGUUACAACCAAACAUGGGAGAUACAUGGGGUGGGCUCUUGGUAAAACAGAAGCUAUGGAGGAAUGAUGUACCGUCAAAGGUACAUGUAUUUGGCUGGAGGUUAUUAUUAGAAAGGUUGCCAAUGAGAUCUGCACUUCAUCACAGAGCCUGGAUUUUGAAACAUCAUGGAGGAACUUUUCAGUUUAAAGGACCUUGGUUCACAAACAUUGCCAACUUUAUCCUCACUAGUGAUCCCAUGAAUGUGCACCACAUCACUAGCAAGAAUUUCACAAACUAUGGAAAAGGGUCUGAUUUCCAUGAGAUUUUUGAACUUCUUGGUCUUGGUAUUUUCAAUUUGGAUUCCGAUGAAUGGAAGCACGAAAGGACACUACUUCAUUCAUUGCUCAAAAAUAAAAACUUUGAGAUAUUCCUCCAACAAAUCAUUCAAAAUAAGCUAGAGAAUUGCUUAUUACCAUUUCUUGAUCAAGCAUCUAAAGGAGUACAAGUACUUGACUUGCAAGAUAUUCUUGAAAGGUUCACCUUUGAUACUGCUUGCACUUCUUUAUUUGGAUUUGAUCCUAAUUGCCUUCCUUACAACUUUAACGAGUUAUCAGAAAUUGCUUAUGUAAAAGCUAUUUCUGUGCUUGAGGAUAUGAUAUUGUUCAGGCACUAUAUUCCAAAAUGCAUUUGGAAGCUACAAAAAUGGUUAAACAUUGGUCAAGAGAAGAAGGGCAAGGUAGCUCAAGAAACUCUUCACCAAUUUUUAUACAAAUGUAUAAAUUAUUACAAAGGCAAUGAAGAUGUGGAUGAAAGCCAUUCUUGCUUGUUAAAGGAACUAAUGAAGGAAGGACUGGAAAAGGGGGAAAAGUUUGACAGGUAUAUUCGAGACACCGCAGUCAAUCUUUUAAUUGCAGGAAAUGGAACAAUUAGUUCUGGUCUCAGUUGGUUUUUUUGGCUUGUUUCAAUUCAUCCUAUUGUAGAAGCUAAAAUUAUUCAAGAGAUUAGAGAUAAUUGUUUAACACAAGGGGAGAACUUAAUCACUAAUUUCAGUGUAGAAGUUCUUGAUAAGCUAGUUUACCUUCAUGGAGCUAUAAGUGAAGCCUUAAGGCUUUUUCCUCCACUAGCAUUUCAACACAAAUGUGCAAUCAAAUCUGAUAAACUACCUAGUGGAGACCAUGUUAAGCCAAAUACAAAGUUAAUAUACUCUUUGUAUGCAAUGGGAAGGACGGAACAAAUAUGGGGAGAAGAUUGUCUGGAAUUUAAACCGGAGAGAUGGAUAUCAGACAGAGGACAAAUUAAACACGUACCAUCUUACAAGUUCAUUGCAUUCAAUGCUGGUCCAAGAAGUUGUCUUGGGAAAGAUAUUAGCUUUGUUGAAAUAAAAAUGGUUGCAAUUUCUAUUUUAUGGAAGUUCCGCAUACAUGUUGUGGAAGGUCACUCUAUAGCUCCAAAAGUUUCUAUUGCUCUUCGCAUGAAAGAUGGCUUGAAGAUCAAAGUAAAUAAAAGAUAUGAUUGAUAUAGAUUAAACAUGACUUUGUAAUAUUCCCUUAAAUAAUGAUCUUUGUACAUC